AUGCGCCACUUCGACACUUGGGUCCUCCGUGACCCCUACUCCAUCUGGCACUACUAUCCAACCGGCCACCGGUGGCGCGACACCGUCCGCGAUCUAAUUCAAUCACGCUCAAUCUGCUCUCCAGACUACACCCUCAACACCCCCAUAGACCCCUGGAAAUAUCCAACCUCUCAAGAUCAAUUCCACCCAUCGCAACCACAAUCCCCUCUUCUUCGCCUCCCCGCCGAACUCCGCCAAAUAAUCUGGUCCUACGUCCUAACAGACUCCCCCUCCCCAACGACCUCAACCCCGCAAACCCUCCACCUCGUCCAACUAAAAGGCAAAAUCCGCCAUGUUCGCUGUCCAGCCCACUCCCACCCCCACUCCACAACUGCAAACUCCCUAACCCAGAACCGCCACUGCUGUCCAACUACCCCGGCCCGCUGGCGCAUCUACGACGGUCGCGUCCCAGGCCACAGCGACAGACUCCUCUACCCACACACCCAUGCUCUCCUCCCAGAGCAGCUCAGCAAUGCAAAUGUUGCCCUCCUGCGCGUCUGUCGGGCAAUCUAUGCUGAAGCAGAGAAAAUCCUCUACAGAGCUUCGCAUUUUGACGUCGACGAUCUAUAUACCUUCAUCGCGUUCUCGGGUUCUAUCUCUGCGACUGCUAGGAAUGCCAUUGCUAGAUUGACGGUGCAGUGGAUGCCGGUUUGGGUGCCGAUGGCGGGCGGGGAGCAUAAGGGGUCGAUAUAUGCGCAUACGCAUAGUGAUGAGUUGUGGGUUGGGUUUUGGGAAGCUGUUUGUCGAUUGGAGGGGUUGAGGGAGCUGGGGGUGAGUUUGGAUCUGGGGAGGUUCACUGGUGUUGUCAAUGGUAAUGGUAGUGGGGAAAUUGAGGUUUCUGGAAAGAGGAUGCCGUUUGGGAUGAAGGUGCCGUGGGUUCAGCCUUUGUUGGAAGUUAGAGGGCUGACGGAUUUUGAGUUGGCGGUUACCGCGAGGUGUGAUGCUGCUGUUAGGGGGGGUUGUUGA